AUGAUUUUAGUUAAAGUUUUUGGAAAUCUCCUAGCACUUUCUUUAGUAGGUGCAAUAAAUGUAAGUCCGAACGUUUUCAUGCCUUUCCUCAACAUAACUGAAGCUGAUCGAUUCACAAAAAUAAUUUAUAAACUACACGUUUAUAAAACGGCAUCAAUUCAACUUAAUUUGGAUAGAUACGUUGACAUAUUGAUGGUUGACUACUAUUCACGGGAAGAUAACAAUAUUUUUACAAGAAGGAUUUUCUUUAUGGAUAAAAAGUCUGGAAAUUUGAUCGAUGACUUUGUUUUAAUGGAGGAACCUGGAAAUAAUAGCACAGUUGAUUCAAUUCUUAAGUUUAGAAUUCAAAAGUCUUUUCAAAUGAUUUUUGGUUGCUGGAAGAACAAUAAUUCAAACUACAAUGGAAAGCUUUAUGUCAUGAAUACAAUAGCGAUGAAAGAUUUUGAAGCUCCUGAAGAUUUACCAAGCGAACUUGAGAUUUCUUCUCGAAUUAUUGGAUAUUUCGCUAUUUGCAACAACUAUGAUCGUGAUUUUGAGACACUUUGUGAGCAAGAUGUCGAACUUUGUUUGUAUGAUAUUCCUGCUUACUUGUACGUUAUAUUCAUGGUCGCUGGAUUAUUAUUGGCUUUUACUUUCACAAAAAUACUUGUAUUUGUAUUCAGUCGCCCUAUGAAAAGAUCAAGCAGAGUCAGUCCUUUGAAUAUAAUAAUGCACGAUUUGCAGUUGUGA